AGGAAACCUCAAAAACCCGUUUUAGGAUCGAAGAGAACAAAUUACUGAGAAUGCAAGCACACAAACUGGAGACCCUUUAGAGAGAGAGAGACGAAACGUUCAGAACAGGAGAGAAUGGAACAGAGCAUUCCCGUUUCCAUACUCAUUUCUCUGCUUCGCAUCGCCUUUCUGGGAAAGCUUUCAAUGUGAGGGAUAUUGACUUUCGGCCGGCGGCUCUGGGUUCUUGUGAUCGGAUGGCUAAGACGGGUGUUUUUGAAUCUGAUCCGUCGGUGAUGGCAAAGGCCACUGAGUUGAAGAAAGAGCUGAAGAGACUGGUGCGGGAAAUUCUAGACGUUGAGGAUUACAGCAACGAAACCAUUGAUCGGGCUAAGGAGAAGCUUUGUGCUUUGAAGGAAUUGAAGCUGACGGGGAAGCGGUCGCCCUCGCUUAAGCUCCUCGAGACGCUGGCCUGUCCCGAUGAGUUUCGGUGCCCCUUGUCCAAGGAGUUUAUGACAGAUCCUGUUAUUGUGGCCACUGGUCAGACAUAUGAUAGGCCCUUCAUUCAGAAAUGGCUAAAAGCUGGCAAUCAGACAUGCCCUGUUACCCAACAAAUUCUCUCACACACAAUACUUACUCCGAAUCACUUGGUACGAGGAAUGAUAUCACAAUGGUGCAAGAGCCGGGGGAUUGAAUUGUCGGAUCCUGUUUACCAAAUUAAUGAAGAAGGAAUGACAGAAGCAGAUCGUGAACAUUUUCUUUCUUUGCUGGAGAAGAUGUCGUUGACACUUUCUGAACAAAAACAAUCAGCCAGGGAGCUUCGGCUGUUGACAAAGAGGAUGCCCUCCUUCCGGGCACUCUUUGGUGAGUCUUUAGAUGCCAUUCCCCAAUUGCUCAAUCCACUUUCUGAGAGCGGGCCUCAAAAUGGUAUUCACCCAGAUCUCCAAGAAGACGUGAUCACAACACUCUUGAAUCUCUCAAUCCAUGAAAGCAACAAAAAGCUUGUUGCCGAAACCCCAAUGGUAAUUCCUCUACUUAUGGAAGCGUUGAGGUCGGGAACCAUUGACACAAGGACCAAUGCUGCUGCUGCCCUUUUCACGUUGUCCGCCCUUGAUUCAAACAAGGCACUUAUUGGUAAAUCAGGUGCUCUGAAACCACUCAUCGACCUAUUAGAAGAAGGGCAUCCACUUGCUAUGAAAGAUGUUGCUUCAGCAAUCUUUACCCUAUGCAUGAUCAACGAGAACAAGGCAAAAGCUGUGCGGGAUGGUGCAGUGAGAGUGAUUCUGAAGAAGAUCACGGACCGUAUGCAUGUAGAUGAGUUGUUGGCUAUCCUUGCAAUGCUCUCAAGCCAUCAGAAGGCCAUUGAAGAAAUGGGGGAACUUGGAGCUGUUCCUUGCUUGCUUAGCAUAAUUAGAGCGAGCACUUGUGGACGAAACAAGGAGAAUUGCAUUGCCAUCCUCCACAGCAUCUGUUUGAAUGAUCGAACGAAGUGGAAAGAAAUGAGGGAAGAGGAGAAUGCCCACGGAACGAUCUCUGAGCUUGCUGAGAAUGGAACUUCAAGAGCCAAGAGGAAGGCUUGCGGCAUUCUUGAGAGACUGAAUAGGAUUGUCAAUGUCGUGCAUACUUCGUGAUGAGUUAGCCAGUGCAGCAUCGCAGAACACAAUACUCUGUAAAUUCUGCAUCUAUUUCCAGAGCUCAUGGUCUCUAAUGCAGCCCCCAGGCUUCAUGUGUGGUCAUUCUCUAUUACCCUUUUGUACAUUCUCGUUUUCUCUGGAGUUUCAGGUUUCAAGUUGAUGAGGUAGUACUGUGAGUCUUGUCAUUUCUGUGAAUCAAUACAAAAGAAGUUUUAUUUUUAA